CAAACUGCUGGAAAGAUUCAACCAGAGAAUCAGAGCAGGAUUUCUUUCAUUUAGAAAUGCCAUGCUAACCAGGUAACUGUUGAUCUGUGAAGACUUUAAAAAAGAGAGAAAGAGAAGAACUAGGAUACUGGUAAAGGAAAAAAGAGAAAAGUGCCAGAACACAAACGGAGCCAGAGGACAUCUUGAGAAAAAGAAGUCGACCCUCCUCUUCUUUGGAAUCUGAUACUCAGCUGUGAACACAGUUCUGCAUUAAGAUGGAGGUCUACACUGUAACAGUAGCGACUGGAACAUCAGAGUAUUCAGGCACUAACAACUACAUCUUUGUGACCCUGGUGGGGGAGAAAGGAGAGAGUGAGCGCACCCUGCUAGACAACCCUGGACUGGACUUCUGUCGCGGAGCAGUGGAUAAGUACAAGGUAACCAGUCCUUCGCAUUUAGGCACCCUGCUGCUGGUCAGACUGCAGAAACAGAGGUACUGGUUGGAAGAUAACUGGUUCUGUCGUUACGUCACAGUGGAGCCUCCAGGUGGAGAAAAAGUGCUGACUUUCCCUUGUUACCGCUGGCUCAUAGGAGAUGUCAAGGUGGAGAUAAGAGAGGGAACAGCGAAGACACUGAGGGAUGACGCCUUACCUCAGCUGCUGGCACACAGGAAGACAGAGCUGCAGGAGAGACAGACCACUUACAGAUGGGUAACAUGGGCUCCAGGGAUCCCCAGAUGUAUCGACGCUAAAACAGAAGCAGAUUUACCCCAAGACGCCCGCUUUGACAAUGAGAAGAGGAGUGACUUUGAACAUUCAUUACACUAUGCCUUGAUGGAGUUGUCUCUGAAGAAGAUGGCCAUCAGGUUUGGGAAAUCCUGGAAUGACCUGGACGAUUUCAAACGGAUCUUCUGGAAGCUGCGAAGUCCCAUAGCUGAGUACUGUAUGGAGCACUGGAAGGAGGACUCCUUCUUUGGCUACCAGUGUAUGAAUGGCUCGAACCCAAGGAUGAUCAAAAGGUGCAAGAAGCUGCCUGAGAACUUCCCUGUGGUAGCAGACAUGGUGCAGAGCUCCAUGGCUCCCAGGACCAACCUGGACAAGGAACUUAAGGCAGGGAAUAUCUACCUGUUAGACUACGCCAUCUUAGAUGGGGUUCCCACCAACACAAUUAGGGGUAAACCUCAGUACAUCGCUGCUCCACUCUGUCUCCUGUACCAACAUCCAGAUAACGGACUCAUACCAAUUGCUAUACAGCUAGAGCAGACUCCAGGCCUGGACACGCCCAUAUUCCUGCCCAGAGACCCGCCCCUAGCCUGGCUAUUGGCCAAGAUGUGGGUGCGUCACGCUGAGUUCCAGGUGUUCCAGCUGCUGUCUCACCUGCUCAGGACUCAUCUGGUGGUAGAGGUGUUUUGUGUAGCUACGCUGAGACAGCUGCCUGCUGUGCACCCAAUAUAUAAGCUCCUGGCUCCUCAUCUGCGCUACACUCUAGAGAUCAACUGUCGGGGGCGUACCCAGCUCAUCUCGCCUAAUGGCAUCUUCAAAAGGGUUGUGUCCACAGGUGGUGAUGGCCUGCUGAUUCUGUCUCAGAGGGAGUACAAGGAGCUGACCUACCGCUCCCUCCAGCCCCCCCAUGACUUCUCUGACAGAGGAGUUUCCCAGCUAAGGAACUACUUGUACAGAGAACACAGUCUAAUGAUUUGGGAGGCCAUACUCAGUUUUGUCUCAGGUAUGGUUAGCCUGUUCUACCAGUCAGACCAGGAUGUGCAGGAAGACCUGGAGCUCCAAGCCUGGAUCAGAGACAUAUCACAGGAAGGCUUCGCAGAGCUCCCCAACUUUGGUCUGUCCAGUACGCUCAGCACCAGAGAGGAGCUCUCCACCCUGCUGUCGGUGUCCAUCUUCAUCAGUACAGCCCAACAUGCUGCCACUAACAACGGACAGUUUGACUGGUGUGCCUGGGUCCCCAACACCCCCUGCACCAUGAGACACCCCCCACCAACAGACAAGGAUGCUGUUACCAUGGAGAUGAUCAUGGCCACCCUUCCUGAUGUCAGCCAGUCCUGUGUGCAGAUGGCUAUCACGUGGCAUCUGGGGCGAGCUCAACCAGACGCAAUUCCUUUGGGCAAAUACACAGACGAGCACUUCACCGAGGGGCGGGCCCAGGAACUAAUUGAGAAGUUCAGAGCGGAGCUGGUGGAGAUUGAGGGCCACAUCAUGAGUCAGAAUGAAGGACUGGAGCUUCAGUACCUUUACCUCCUGCCUAGCCGCAUAGAAAACAGCAUCACUAUAUAGAAAGACUAACAAACUAACUUCUUCUUUAGUUUUGGCGCUUGGCAACAAAUAGGCAUUAUGUCACCAACUGGGACGGAGUGUGCAUUAACUUGCAACAUAGCAGCAAUGACGCACAUAACCAAUUUCUUCCGAUUGUAUUUUGUAGCAACGGCGAUGCUUACAAGUGAAAAAUAUACAUUUUAUUUUGGAAAUGUAGUGGGGUACAAGUGAAAGUUUCCAGCAAUAUGAAUAUCAAAGUGAAGAAUGAAUAUGAGAAAAUCCUUCUUAAGUAUGUUUUCCAUGACAUUUUUAUAACAGCCACUCACUGAUGAAGAUGAGCUGAAAGCUGAGUUAAGCUCAUUAUCUCCAGCUUCACUUUUUGUCAGUACACUCUUGUCAUAUAGCCAAUAUGUUCAUGUAUAUUUGUAUGUUUCAUGUAGUCUUCAUCACUUUAUUAUGGAACUUACGUUCUGCAGCAACCGAUGUUAACAGAUGAUCCAGCUUCACUGUGAAGAAGCUGCAUGUUUAAAAAUUGUCGGGACAAAGUCAUCUCUGCAGAAGUGAAAAAUCCACCCUUGUGUCAAAUAAACAAUAUAA